GUCCUGCCUGGGGAUAUAGCCACGCCCACCAGUAAUGGGCGUGUCCUGACACUAUAAAUACUCUCUUCCCCCGGGGUCCCAGCUUCAGUGGGUCGGUGACAUCUGAUUCCUGGGGGAACCGGGGCCGUGCUGUAUCCCUGCUACUAAGAUCAGCAGCCGCCAUGUCUGUGUCUCACAGUUCCAGACUCAACAAGGGGGUAAGGGAGCAGUACAUGAAGUUGCCCCAGGGGGAUCAGGUCCAAGUUACAUACGUAUGGAUCGAUGGGACUGGAGAAGGUGUCCGCUGCAAGACCAAGACCCUGGACUAUGAACCAAAAUCUGUAGAAGAGAUCCCAGAAUGGAAUUUUGAUGGUUCGAGCACCUACCAAGCCGAAGGCUCAAACAGCGACAUGUACCUCGUCCCUGUGCAGAUGUUCAGAGAUCCAUUCUGCCUUGACCCCAACAAGCUGGUCAUAUGUGAAGUCCUAAAGUACAACCGGAAACCAGCAGAAACCAACCUACGUCUCACCUGUAAGCGGAUUAUGGACAUGGUAUCUGACCACGUCCCAUGGUUUGGCAUGGAGCAAGAAUACACAUUACUCGGCAUCAAUGGACACCCAUAUGGAUGGCCAGAAAAUGGCUUCCCUGGACCACAAGGACCCUACUAUUGUGGUGUUGGAGCUGACAAGGUAUAUGGCCGUGAUAUCGUAGAGUGCCACUACAAGGCCUGUCUGUAUGCCGGAAUCAAAAUCUGUGGCACCAAUGCAGAAGUUAUGCCAUCCCAGUGGGAAUUCCAGGUUGGCCCUUGUGAAGGCAUCGACAUGGGAGACCAUCUCUGGAUGGCCCGAUUCAUUCUCCAUAGAGUGUGUGAAGAUUUUGGUGUGGUGGCAACUCUAGACCCCAAACCCAUGACUGGCAACUGGAAUGGAGCUGGAUGCCAUACAAACUACAGCACUGCAGCCAUGAGGAAGGAGGGCGGCCUAAAACACAUUGAAGAUGCCAUUGAAAAACUAGGCAAACGUCACGAUUACCACAUAUGCGUGUACGACCCCCGUGGAGGAAAGGAUAACUCCCGCCGUCUGACCGGUCAGCAUGAAACCUCCAGCAUCCAUGAAUUCUCGGCCGGCGUUGCCAACCGCGGCGCCAGUAUUCGAAUCCCCCGCCAGGUCGGACAGGAAGGAUUCGGCUACUUCGAAGAUCGUCGGCCAGCUGCGAACUGCGACCCGUAUGCUGUUACCGAGGCCCUUGUGAGGACGACCAUCCUGAACGAGACCGGCAGUGACACCAAAGACUACUUGAAGAAUUAAACUGGGGGCUGGAUCCGCCAAGAAGAUUCCAUCCGUCGCGUUUCUUCCGUCUCACAGGAGUUCUUUUUAAAGAAAUGUUUGUUUUUAUUGUCUACACUAGAGACUUCUAAAGUUCCUUCCGGUUUGGAAGGGUUAAGGGGGCAUUACCCAGACUGUAGAUAAGGGAUUAAUCCCCCUAUAGUUCCUCUAUCUACAGAAAGGUUUCCUUUCCGAACAGCUGUUGUCUUGGUGCCAUAUUUACUGCACUUCAUAUUGAUAUCCAAUGUUAUAAACCACAGGGGCCACAACCUGCAGGCAGUGUAAAGAGGAUAGAUAUUGGGGUAUCCUGCAUUAGGAGAUGGGGAUCCUAAAUAACUUCCCUAUGGGGAAACUGAGUCCUUUGCAACUGUGGGGGGUCAUGGUUAGGAAUCUGCAGCUUCUUUUAAUUGUGACUGUUCUUUGUUUUUAUUGUUAAAAUGAUGAAUAAAUGAACUACAUGGGUUGUA